AUGCAAAUCUUUUCUACCAUUACAAGACAGGACCAGAGCCUUCCCUUUGUCUGUCACUGAUUUCAUCAAGUCAGCAAGAUAAAGGCAACCUCACAGGUGCCGCUGUCAACAAGCAGCUGAAGACGCCUGCCCUGCAGCUGCAACACAGCGCCUGUCUGCCUGUCACUCAGGGGACCCGUGUCAACAGCAGAGGGAAGAAGAAGACACGUAGAAGAGGAAAUCAGAAAAUAACGCUGCAGCAGACAUGGACCUGCGGUCUGAGCUGCUCAAGUCCAUUUGGUACGGUUUCACAGCCCUGGAUCUGGAGAAAAGUGGGAAAGUGUCCAAAUCUCAGCUGAAGGUUUUAUCCCACAACCUUUGCACAGUCCUGAGUAUCCCACAUGAUCCGGUUGCUUUAGAGGAGCACUUCAGGGAUGAUGACGAUGGCCCAGUUUCCAGUCAGGGCUAUAUGCCUUACCUCAACAAAUACAUCCUGGAUAAGGUUGUAGAAGGAUCUUUUGAGAAAGAAAACGUAGAUGAACUCUGUUGGACGCUCACAGCAAAGAAAAACUACCAGCCUGAUAAAAACAGCAACUCAGUUCUACCAGAGAGAGACGCUUUUCGACUCUGGUGCCUUUUUAAUUUUCUCUCUGAAGACAAGUAUCCAUUGGUUAUGGUUCCUGAUGAGGUGGAAUACCUCCUGAAGAAAAUAUGCAUGGGGAUGAGUACUGAGUUUAACUGCGUUGAAUUUGAAGACUUCUUCUCCCAGGACUCGGGACAGCAGAGCAGCAUCACCGUCUGGGUCUUUCUCCAGAUGAUGAACUCUGGGAAGAUUACCCGGGGGAUUGAUAAAAGCAUCAUCAGCAUGGCUAUAGAGGAAGUUUAUCGGGAGAUAGUUGGCGAUGUUCUCAAAGAGGGGUAUCUGUGGAAAAAAGGCCAGCUGAGGAGAAACUGGAAGGAACGCUGGUUCACUUUGAGGCCCAGCAACUUGUCCUACUACACAGGAGAGGACCGCAAAGACUGCCAAGGGAACAUAGUACUGGAUGGGAACUGCUGUGUGGAGGUGCUGCCUGAUCGAGAUGGGAAGAGGUGCAUGUUUUGUCUGAAAACUCUUUCUAAGACUUAUGAAAUGAGCGCCUCGGACACCAAACAGAGGCAGGAGUGGACCACAGCCAUUCAAACGGCCAUCCGGCUGCACGUGGAGGGGAAGAAGUCKCUGCAUAAGGACCUGAAACUGAAGCGGCGGGAGCAGCGCGAGCAGCGAGACAAGCGCCAACAGGCCAAAGAGGAGGAACUGCAGCGGCUGCGAGCCCUGCAGGAGGAAAGGGAGCGCAAGCUGGCCGAGCUGGAUCUCCUGAAGGAGGCGCAGAAACAGGCCCAGGUCCUCCUGGAGCAGGACGAGCAGCGGAGGCGCGAGCAGCACGAACAGCUCCAGCGUACYCUGGAGAUUCAGCUUCGUGAGGCUGAGGAGGCUCGGGUCAGCAUGCAGGCCGAGAUGGCUCUGAAGGAGGAGGAAGCCGAGAAGCAGAGGAAGAGAAUUCAAGAGCUGGAGGAGAUGCAGAAGCGUUUGGAGGAGGCGCUGCAGCAAGAGAUUAAAGCCCGACUGGACGAGGAGGCUUUCCGCUAUGCCCAGGCUGGGUUACUGGCAGAGGAGGAGGAGAAAAUGAAGGCGUUGAUGUCCCUGCAGGAGGAGCAGGAGGAGUACAUCCUGAAGACGGAGAGGGAAAAGCAGGAACUGAAGCAGGAAAUGGAGAACAAGUCUCGAGCCCUGGAUGAGGCGCAGAGGCAGCUGGAGGAGGUCCGAGCCAACCGGCACCGGGUUGAUCAGGAUGUCGUGGCYGCCCAGAGGAAGCUUCGCCAGGCGAGCACCAACGUCAAACACUGGAACGUCCAGAUGAACAGACUGAUGCGACCGAUCGGACCGGGCGAGAAAAGACCAUCUCUGGGAAGCUCUUACCAAAGCUUUCAGAUCCCGACACAGAGGGACCCCGGGCUGCGUCUCCGAAAGCGAUCGGAGUCAGAGGAUCAGCAGCGAAACGGAGAGGAGAGCAAAGAAAACGUCGACAGCAGAGCUGGGUCCGAUUUGGAGAGACGUCACUCGCACGCCUCAAACGGAGACAUGGACAUCCCCUAAAAAAAAAAAAACAUGAAUCUGAGAGGUUACCAUAUUUAUCCUGGUGACGUCUGAUGUGUGAAUAUUGUGAAAGCAGCGGGACGUCUGCCUUACAACUGAGUUUACAGUGCUACCACUCCUGUUAAAUACUGAAUUUACUGACCUCAUAACAAAGACAGUAACAAUUUAAGAUGAUUUCUUUGAGCGUUUUUGCUGUUUAUUCUGCUGAACUAAUGCUUUGAGGUUUGACGAGAGCCCUGAGUGGGAAGAUAUGAGCCGUUAAAAACACAGAUCCUGGUUCAGCUGUGAUGUUUGAAGAGUUAUGCUAACAUAAAACACAUACAAGAAGCUCCGUUUUUUUUCACUCUGUAAAUAUUCUGUAAAAGUUACCCUUGUUUCAUUUUAAACAUGUUUUCAAGGUUUCAGAAGGGUUUUGUUUGAAUGUGGAGAGUUCAUUCAGUAUUAGUUUUUACCACCAUUUCUCUCCUGAUAAACAGGAAAGACAUAGGGGAGGGGAGAAAGCUUCCUGUUGACAAAUCCUGUCAAACAAUUAUUAUUAAUACAAAUAAAAACCAAGAACUGAUAUAACCAGAUAAAACUAAAUCUUUUAUGAUUUAAGUUAUWUUAAGUAAAUAUUUUGUCCUCACAUCAUGGAAAAGUCAAGUGAUUCAUUAAAACAUUAUGGAGUAACUUUUUUUAGAUUASAUUAACUGCAAAAGUAAAAAAGGACGACAGUGACAGAGGAAGAAGUCGCCGCCCACAUGGCUCUGUGGGCGAGCUGCACGUYGCCUUUCAUUUGAAUUUCAGUUUGCGAAGAAAAUGUGUCACCGCUGACUAAUCUGAUGCGUCUCGCUCAGAAAACCUGAAACAACAGAGACAUCGCCUGACUCAUCACGCUCACUACAUGCUGCCCAAAUUUAAACAAGAAUCACAACAGCCUUUUUUAAACGUUUACAGACGACUUUUAACAGAUUUUCAGGAUGGCAUUAUUUUGACCUGUCGUUUUUUACUCAUAAGUAAUUUGUGUGAUGGUGGUUUCAUAAUGUUUUGAAUUUACUGGGACAAUGACAGAUUAGUAAAUGUUUAUUAAAACCCUUAUCUUUAUUCCUAAUAGGCAUGAUUUUGAUUUUAAAUCAAAGGCUGAGAAAGACUGAAGGAGACAUUUYGGUCAAACCUUGAAAAUAACAUCAUGUUUGUGUUGUGAAUGUUUCUUAGCUACCACCACGACAAAUUCAUCUUCUGUAAAAUUCGACUAAGAUAGAGCAACAUUUAUGAUGGCUAAUACCAAUUAGUUGUCGCAGCUAUUUUGAAUUGGAUUGACUCCAACGAAUAAUCAAUYGUAGAUGARCAUCCAGUGAUUAUUACCUGAAAGUUUCAUUAAAAUCCAUCUCAUAGUUCAUGAGAUAUUUUGCUAACAGACAGGCCCUAAAGUUUUAAACAAAAAUCUUGGGUGUUCUCAAACARUAUGUGUUGGGGACGACUCAGCUACUACCACUGCAAAUUUUAGGUCAAUAUCUAUAAAACUGACUGAGUUAGAUCCACAUWCAGACMGAACCCAUCGUUUAGCUUCCCCUUUUCUUAUGGCUGCAUAAUAGAUAAUAAUAAAUAUAUAGAUAAAUAAUAGAAGUUUAGAAUAAAUAAAUGAGUAAAAUUUCUUGAAUAUGCUUUUUUUUUUGGGGGGGGGGGGUAAAAAUUGUUAAUACUGAAGUAUUAGGACAAAAAUGAACCAAAGGGAUGAGCUUCUGUUUGUUGAUCAUUUCAUCUUUUUUAAUACUUUUGCAGCAUUGCCCAGUCUCAACAGUUAAUUUAAAGUAUAUCAUUUGACUGAUGCUACUGUACAUAAAUAAAAAAGCACGUUUUAAUACACUA